CACAAAGCAGUGGAGCGGAGUAGCGGAGUGCUCCGGGCUCGAGAUCCGUGGUUGUGUUGAAAAGUGUUUAUCAGCUGCCAGGUAAUAUAUUAUGAAAGCGAUGUCCCAUCAUUACGUGGUGACGGCACAUAAACCAACGGCUGUCACUGCCUGCGUGACCGGUAAUUUCACGUCGCCUACGGAUUUGAAUCUGAUAUUGGCCAAGAAUGUACGUUUGGAGAUAUACCUCGUGACACCGGAGGGCCUACGGCCCCUGAAGGAGGUCGGGAUCUACGGCAAAAUAGCCGUCAUAAAGUUCUUCAGACCGCCGCAUGAGAAAAAGGACCUUCUGUUUUUGUUAACAACACGUUACAAUGCCAUGAUCUUGGAAUGUAUUGGCGAAGGGGAGGAUAUUGAGAUUAUAACAAAAGCUCACGGGAACGUGGCGGAUCGUAUCGGGAAGGCUUCCGAGACCGGAAUUAAAGCUGUUAUUGAUCCAAAGGCACGAGUGAUCGGUCUUAGAUUGUACGAUGGCCUCUUCAAAAUUAUACCCUUGGACAAAGAUAAUCCGGAAUUGAAGGCGUCUUCGAUUCGCAUGGACGAACAGCAAGUGCAGGAUGUUAAUUUUCUCCACGGAUGCGCCAAUCCCACCUUAAUUCUCAUUCAUCAAGACAUCAAUGGCAGACACGUAAAGACACACGAGAUUAACUUGAGAGACAAGGAAUUUGCCAAGAUACCAUGGAGGCAGGAUAAUGUAGAGCGCGAGGCCAUGAUGGUCAUUCCUGUACCUUCUCCCAUUUGUGGCGCGAUCAUAAUAGGACAGGAGAGUAUUCUGUAUCACGACGGUACCACGUAUGUUGCGGUGGUGCCGCCAAUUAUAAAGCAGAGCACUAUCACUUGCUACGCCAAAGUGGAUAAUCAGGGACUGAGGUACCUACUGGGGGACAUGGCUGGUCAUUUGUUUAUGUUAUUUUUGGAGCAGGAAAAGAAGCCCGAUGGGACGCAAGUGGUGAAGGACCUGAAGGUCGAGUUGCUGGGCGAAAUUAGUAUUCCAGAGUGUAUAACUUAUUUGGACAAUGGCGUGAUAUAUGUCGGUAGUCGUCUAGGUGAUUCUCAGUUGAUCAAAUUAAUUACAAAGGCGGAUGAGAAUGGAUCCUAUUGCGUACCUAUGGAGACAUUCACCAAUUUAGCGCCCAUCGUCGAUAUGGCCGUGGUAGACCUGGAGAGACAGGGCCAAGGGCAGAUGGUCACGUGCUCGGGUGCCUUCAAGGAGGGCUCCCUUAGGAUUAUUAGGAACGGUAUAGGCAUACAAGAGCACGCGAGUAUCGAUCUACCGGGGAUUAAAGGCAUGUGGGCUCUAAAGGUUGGCGGUUCAAAUUUCGACAACACGUUGGUACUGUCGUUUGUCGGGCAGACCAGGAUCCUGACUUUAAACGGCGAGGAGGUCGAGGAAACGGAUAUCCCGGGUUUCGUUGCGGACGAGCAAACGUUCCAUACGGGCAACGUCACCGACGACCUGUUCAUCCAAAUAACCUCGACCUCUGUCAGAUUGAUUUCGUUCGAGAGCAAGAUAGUCAUCUCCGAGUGGGAGCCGCAAAACAAAAGGACUAUCAGCGUGGUAGCCUGUAACGGAAUGCAGGUCCUUUGCGCGACGGGAAAUGAUCUGUUUUACAUAGAGAUCUCGUGCAAUCAGAUUGUAUCCAAGGGAUUCGUUACCCUGCAACACGAAGUGGCGUGUCUGGACAUCUCUCCCCUGGACGGCGUCAACGAGGCCAAGAUCGUCGCCGUUGGGCUUUGGACGGACAUAUCCGUUCGUAUCUUGACUCUACCCAAUCUGGAGGAGAUUCAAAAGGAGCUUCUCGGGGGCGAAAUUAUACCCAGGUCGAUUCUAAUGACCUGCUUCGAGAGUAACACAUACUUGCUUUGUGCGCUAGGUGACGGCAGCAUGUAUUACUUUAUUCUAAAUCAACAGAGCGGCUUGCUUACGGACAAAAAGAAGGUCACCUUAGGCACGCAACCCACUGUUCUCAGGACCUUCCGAUCGCUCUCCACGACGAAUGUGUUCGCGUGCUCGGAUAGGCCCACGGUUAUCUAUUCCUCUAACCACAAGCUUGUAUUCAGCAAUGUCAAUCUCAAAGAGGUGAAUCACAUGUGCUCGUUGAAUGCAGAAUCUUAUCCCGAUAGUCUGGCACUGGCAACCGACAGCACCGUUACCAUUGGUACGAUCGACGAGAUCCAGAAGCUGCACAUAAGAACGGUCCCGCUCGGGGAGUCGCCAAGGAGGAUCGCUUAUCAGGAGAGCUCGCAGACCUUUGGCGUGAUCACGAUGCGCGUCGACGUACAGGAGAGCAGCGGGGUGAGCAUCGUCAGGCAUUCCGCGUCCACCCAAGCGGCGUCCACGUCCAGCAGCAGCCACGUCGCCUCGCACAACAAACCCAGCGGGCACACGGCCAGUGAGAUCGGCCAGGAGAUCGAAGUGCACAAUCUUCUGAUCAUCGAUCAGCAUACAUUCGAGGUUCUACACGCGCACACGCUGAUGUCCACCGAAUAUGCGCUAUCGUUGAUCUCGACAAGAUUGGGCGAGGAUCCGACCUCUUACUUCGUGGUCGGGACCGCGUUUAUAAAUCCCGACGAGACUGAGCCCAAGAUGGGCAGGAUACUGCUGUAUCAUUGGAGCGAGGGCAAAUUUACGCAGGUCGCGGAAAAGGAGAUCAAGGGUUCAUGUUAUUCCCUAGUCGAAUUCAACGGGAAACUUUUGGCUAGUAUUAACAGUACCGUGAGAUUGUUCGAGUGGACCGCGGAGAAGGAGCUCAGAUUGGAGUGUAGCCACUUUAAUAAUAUUAUAGCACUUUACUUGAAAACUAAAGGUGACUUUGUCCUGGUGGGAGAUCUGAUGAGGUCCCUCACGUUGCUUCAAUACAAGACUAUGGAGGGCAGCUUUGAAGAAAUAGCUAGAGAUUAUAAUCCCAAUUGGAUGACUGCCAUUGAGAUAUUGGACGAUGAUACUUUUCUGGGCGCUGAAAAUUGCUUCAAUCUUUUUGUAUGUCAAAAAGACAGCGCUGCAACGUCCGAAGAUGAGAGGCAACAGAUGCAGGAAGUAGGUCAAUUUCAUUUAGGUGACAUGGUCAACGUUUUCCGACAUGGCUCGUUGGUGAUGCAGAACUUGGGAGAGUCAAGUACGCCGACCUUGGGCUGCGUAUUAUUCGGCACCGUAAGCGGCGCGAUCGGUCUGGUGACGCAAAUACCAUUUACGUUUUAUGAAUUCCUGCGCAACAUGGAGAACAGACUGAACAGCGUGAUAAAAAGCGUGGGCAAAAUAGAGCAUAACUUCUGGAGAAGUUUUAAUACAGAAUUGAAGAUUGAGCAGUGCGAGGGAUUCAUAGACGGCGACCUGAUAGAAAGUUUCCUCGACUUGGACCACGACAAAAUGGGAGAGGUCGCAAUGGGUCUUAUGAUCGAUGAUGGCAGCGGCAUGAAGAAGGAAGCGACGGUAGACGAUCUUGUAAAAAUAGUGGAGGAUCUUACAAGGAUACAUUAAAUGUUAUAUAUAAGUAAACAAUAUUUUAAAUUCAUGGAAUGUAUCUGUAAGAAUAUUAGAAGAGAUAUACAUAAAAAAGAAAUUCACACAAGCGGCGAUUUAAGCGGGGGGGGGGGGAGGGGAGGCCGCAAAUGUUUAUACGGUCACCUUUGUUAUCACUAUAAUGCACGAAGAAAGAAACGACAUAAAUUCUCUCUCACCUUCCGGCUCCUUUCUUCUAUCUACAAAAUUGUUUCUUUUUUUUUUUUUUUUAGCACUAGGAUUGUGUGAAAACUAUUUACACGCGUUUGCUGCGCGUUAACGUCUGUUGCAAUAUAUUUUUUUUUAUAGAAUCAACCGUAUGACCGUAGAAGUAAUAUAUACGACAACAUUCGUUAAAUGAAUUAUUUUCAAAGAACGAUCGAAGAUUUGUAGAGUAAUACCUUUGUAUCUUUGUAAGAUCGAGUGUAAAUAAAAAAAAUGAUGCAUUUUGAGGUAA